GGCGUAUCAAUCGAGUUUAGACUUACACGCAGAUUCCGAUAACAGCGAUGUCGACGAAUCCUCAGGUCCAGAAUCAAACGAACGUAAAGGUUCUCAACGCUAGGACGCCUAUUGCUGAACGUCCCUCGCCCCUGUCAAUGCCUAGGCCGAUUAUACCCUCGAAAAGAUCGGAUGACGAUAUUCAGUUUAUAUCAUCUAAACCCGUCAAAAGGCAGAGAACUGGCGAGCAGAGGCAGAUGCCUGCACUUCAGGAACAUGAAGUCCCAGCAAUUCCUAUUAUAGCACCUCCUAUUGCUGUACCACCUUUUGAGCUUAGGGGCUCGGACCGGCGAGUCAGUACCGGCAUGGUUGGGCUACCUUCAGACUUUAGUGUAAUGGAACUCACCUCCGCCUUACGGGGCGUGUCACUUCCGGUGUUAGAGAAGUUCGCUCUCGACCAACCUCCUCGAAAGCCAAGACCUUUAAGCCCACCGGAACUUUCACCUAAGCAACUACCACAGGCAAUCAUGCCAGCAAUACCAAAUAUCAACACUGGCGAGAAUAGUUCUAAGGACCCCGGAUUGCGCGCAGCACCCAUGGCAUGCAUGAUAGCCACCAGUGAAAGUUCGGCCAAGCCGGAUGCAUCUUCAAGGAUAUCCAAUCUCAAUUCGGCACCUGGUCAAUUUCAUGUUCUCAACACAUCAACCAUCAAUGUAGACUCUUUGCCUCCAAAUUCAGCUCGAUCCCCUAAGGAGGCAAUGCCGCCGCCUCCAUUGCCAAGAGCUGAAGUAUCGGCAGUCUCUAAUGCUACUUCGACCAAGCAUGCUACUGAAAAUGUUGCCCAAUUAGAUGCCAUUGAGCAGCCUUGCCAAAUUUGCGCUAGAAUGAGACAGCAGGUAAAUCUUGCUAAGCCCCAGGUACAUCCAUUGUUGCAACACAAUUUACCACCUCACGUCGUCUCGCAAAUGGUACCAUACGGCCAACACCUUCACCCUCAUAUGAUGGCUAUGAACCUAAAUGGCAUGCACGCUUUUAAUCCAGGAUUCGGACCAAUGAUGAUGCCAAUCCAUGGCAGCAAUUUUACCGCUCCCCCAUCUCACAUCUCUAGUCCAACAAGUCCAACACAGAUGAGCCAGUUGAGCGAGGGAGAAGUUUCCCAACUAGAGCCCCCGAAUUCCGGAAGCCAGCCUCAAGCUUCGCCGACUUCAGCAGCAGGACCCGUCGAGCCCCCCACAGCUUUGAAUCCAGUCAAGCCACCGGCAUCUCUUAUCCAACCUACUUACCGCAAGCCCUCGCCAAAUCUAAUUGUAGACGUUGCCGAAACAUGUCAGGAGAAGUUUCCUUUCGCGGAGGUCGCCAAGAGGCAUGAUGUGCCCGUUGAGAAAGUUUUCGAUAUAUUUGCGGCGAUUAUCCAAGUCCCACUUCUUCGAUGCCCCACUGAUAGACGAAGAGCAGGAAAACUUGCCACCGCUCGUGUUAAGGAGUACGCAAAAGCCAAGAAAUUUAUCCAAGAGAUCGGUGUCCAUGAUAAUUCCGAUCCUAAAGAGGAUAUUGUUGCAAGCCCAUCGGACAUCGCGAAUCACUUAGGUCAAGUUGACUUGCCAGAAGGUUUCAAUCUUAGAGACCCCUAAUCAAUAGUUGAAAAUAAGAUGCUACAUAUUCCAAGGAGAAAGAGCAUAGU